UCGUCUUCCUCCUCACCGCUAUAUCCUUAAUUUCCUUCACUCACUUGCUCACUAGUUUCGUCCUUUACUUUCUCUCUUUGAGCUUCUUCCAUGGCUUCCAACAACAAAAACUUUGUUGUGAAGUAUUUUGAGUGCAUGCAUAACUAUGCAGCAGGAUCUGCUGGCCAUGUACUUGAUGGUUGUGGUGCAUUUUGUCCAGCUAGUCCUCCUGGAACCCCAAAAUUCUUAAUCUGCGCUGCUUGCAACUGCCACCGGAACUUCCAUAGAAAAAUGGAGGUCGAGGUAGAGGUCGAAGAGGAGCCUCCUCUCCUCUCUAUUUGUCCCCCUAGCUAUGGUACUACCAUUGUGAUUGAUCAUGUUCCACCAACCCCAGCAUCUCCAGCACCACCAAGAAGUAGGCCUCGUGAAGUUAGGUUGGACAAGUACAAGGUUGUCGCGAGGGCCCCAACAACGGCGGCGGAGAUGGGCGGAGGAGAGAUAGAAGCGGGGGAGCAGAGCAGCAGGUUGAUGAAAAGAAAGUACGAGAGUUCAUCAUCAGUGAGAAUGAGGCUUAAUCAUGAACAAAAGCAAAAAGUGAGGGCUUUUGCUGAAAAUAUUAUGGGGUGGAGGUGGACAAAGUACAAUAAUCAAGUCGAACCUUUUUGUGAUGAGAUUGGAAUCACUCCCAACUUCUUGAAGAAUUGGAUUGACAACAACAGGCGUCGAAUUGGGCCGGGCGGGGCUGGGACUAAAAACACCAUAUAAGGAAAACUGAUCAGUUGCAGCUUAAAGUUCAGCUGAUCCCAUAAUUAAUUCUCUCAAGUCUACCUUCUUGAGAAAAUUAAAACCUUGUUUAAUUAAUAUGUGUUUCCUUUUUCUCAUGUCUUCCAUAGACUUUUUGUUGCAUUAAAUUGGCUAGUUUGAAUGCAUUUUCUUAUGUCAUGUUUAGUCUAAUAAGAUCUAUGAUCAUCUAUUCUGAAUAGGGUAGAUUUUUCUUCUAUUUCUAAAAUGUAUAAGGAGGUAAGGUAUGAUGUCCCCCUCUGAUGUAUCUAUGUUUUGUUGUGCUAUUUACGUGGUAAGGGUUUUGCAAA